AUGUCGCUUAUCCGCUGGAUCCUCGUCUCCGUCGUCGCGUACCUAGCGCACAGUGUGUACCAGCGCAUCCAGCUCUCGCGCAAGAAGGCACAGUUCAUCCGGGACCGCAGACGCGCAGCAGGCAUUCCAGACGAUGAUCGGCGGCCGUUCGCCGUAGCGCGUGCAGACGCAUUGUCACGACGAUCGCAGCAGAAGCGAGAGGAAGUGCUCAGCACGCCGGUCAAGCGGCGACUGAAGCCAAGCAGCUCUUCGCAGGCUAUUGAUCACGACGCUGCGCUGCGGCUGUCGGGCAUUCCUGGGACGCUGCCGGGGUAUUUGAAGGACAGCGUCGCGUCUAGCAAGCAAGCAGGCAGGGGUGGGGCGUUUCAGGCGGCCUCUACGCGCAGCCCGUCACCCGCCAAGCAGCGAGAUUUUGCAACGAGCUCGCGUCACACGAUGAAGCGACAACACUCACAGACCCAGGUCGACCGCGGUUCGAGUUCGAGGAGGUCCCCCGUCAAGGAUGCGCGUGAGGACAGCUCAAGUGCACAACGCGACCGCAAGCGUCGUCAUCAGGCAUCACCCACCAAAUCAGAUGAAGCCAAUGGCUCGGAUCGUCGCAAAACACCCAAGAUCUCCAUCCCCGGGGACUUCGGCGAUGCAAUUACGGACGAAGAUAUGUCUGACGCUCACUCUGCCGCUUCCGAGACCGACGAAGCAUCGACAGCGAUGGACGAGGACGACGAGCUCACCCAGGGCCAGACGAGCACCGAUAGCCCAUCCCAAAACCUCUCGUCCUCCGCGCGUACCACGGCGAAGAAGCGCGAAGCGGACGAGCUCUCCUCCGCCUCAAACAGCGAGAACAGCGACGACGACGACGAGCAGCCGCACACCAAACGCUCGCGCACCACCAAUGGCACACUCGACCCGCUCUCUCCAGCCGACUUCUCCAUCGCCCUCCCCGAAGAGGCCAUGUUGGACUUCAACCCUUUCCCCUCCUCCCCCUCGAGCCCGCACAAGAAGCGCGCCGCAGACACCACAGACGACCGCCAACCAGGCGAGCAGUGGACCGACUACGAAGGGCUGCAGUGGCGCAUCGACCCCGUCUCGCACGCGCUCCAACGUCAGAGUGAGAUUCUCGAGUGGCGGGCGAAACACCGAAUGCCACGGGACUCGCUGCACCCCCAGGCGAGGGAGGAGCAUCAAGUGGUCGUUACGAAGUGGCUGACCCAGGAAGAAUGGGAGGAGGCGCGGUCGAAGAAGCUGUUGAGCUUCCAGGAAGCCGAGCGAGCGGCGGAACGGGAAAAGAUGGAGCAAGAGGAGCGAGCGAAGAUGGAGCGCAAGCAAGAGUUGCUCGCCAAGAUUCGCGAGGUCAAGAGUCCGAAGAGGAUGCACCACCGACCGCGCCGGGCCGGAACGGGCGAUGUGAGCAUGACCAGCGUCACCGAGGGGGACGUCAGUAUGUCGCUCGACUCGGUCAACGGAGAUGCUACGCCUGGGAAGUCGAGGAGACGCAUUGCGCUCGCCAGAAGCACCCCAGUCAAAGGAGGUUCAGGAGGAUCAACCCCCACCGACAGCCCAAGGAGAGCUGCAAGCCCUCUAGCUUCGCCGUAUAGGAGUAUUGCGUAUAGCAAGAGGAAAGGUGUCAAUGGCUCGCCGCUUGUUAGCUCGUUCGGGACAUCCGAUGCCGACAUUUCGAAUUUGUAA